CAGCGACAACAAAGAGUAAGGAAGAUAAAUAAAGACAAUCUCGUUGCGAGUGGAGGGGGAACUGUCUCUACGCAUGUCACUCCUCGCUGUCUGGCUUGUGUCUACAGCAUCAAGACAGCUGCAGUGACCUUCUGUAAGAAGAGUAUAUCAAUUGAGGGGAUGGAGAGGUGGUUGGGACGAGUGGCUGUGGUUACGGGAGCGAGUGCAGGGAUCGGGAUGGCAGUGGUAGAGGACCUGGUGCAGAGUGGGAUGGUCGUAGUGGCCCUGGCUAGACGCGAGGACAGACUGCAGGAAAUAAAGCAUCGCCUCCAGGGUAAGCCAGGUACCAUGCAUCCAGUGAAAACUGAUAUCACAAAAGAGGAUGACUUAAAGAAGACAUUUCAGUGGAUCAGAGAUAAUUUAGGAGGGGUUGAUGUCUUAGUAAACAACGCUGGUAUUUUUAUUGACGGUUAUACACCUGAAGGUAAUAUUGACGAUUGGCGCAAGAUGUACGAGGUGAAUGUGUUUGCCCUGGGAGCUUGUUCUCGUGAAGCCAUCGACUCCAUGAAGGAACGCAAGGUGGAUGAUGGUCACAUUAUUAAUAUUAACAGUAUUGCUUCCCACCGUCUCCCAUUGAUGUCUGGUGGCGUGCCUUAUUCAUCAAGCAAGUUUGCAUCCAAGGCCAUCACUGAAGGCCUAAGAAGAGAACUUGCUGCUCAGAAGUCUAAAAUAAAAGUUUCAAGUAUCAGCCCAGGUCUGGUGGCUACAGAAAUAUUCACAGCUAACAAUCCGACAAAAGAAGUUGACUUCUCACAGAAAGGCCAUCUUCUACCGAAAGAUAUUGCAGACGCAGUCCACUACGUCCUAGCAACGCCGCCUAACGUCCAGGUGAAUGAACUGAUUGUCCGCCCAGUAGGCGACGGAAUCUGAUAAUUAGCAUAAUGGACUUGUGAGGCUUAAUAAAAUAACAUUUCAAGAAGGCAAGUUUAAAGUCUGUGAACCAGAAGCGGAGUGGGCUUACAUAACAAACCUUGUUCAAGUCUCAUUUAGAAAAGGCUACAGGGUUUUAUAUACUUGUUUUGAUUCAUAUUGUGAAUAAAUUUUCAAAUUAUAAA